AUGGAGUAUCCUCUGGUGUGUGUUCUCUUCCUGGUGCUGCUCAACUUCACUACAGGUGAAGUGGACAAUACACUAAUUCUGGAAAUAUAUUGAUGCCUAUUUGUGCUACAAGUAACAGGUUGUUAAAAUGUCUCUGUUUUUAACCACUUCAGUCAAACGGUAUCAAGUCAGAAAGAUGGAGAAUCUAUUUAUAUUACAUUGACAACCAAUGUCUAGGCUCUAAACAAAUACUAUAGAGAGUAGGUCAUUUUAUAAAUGUUUAGUUCAACUUGAAGGCACUGAUUUUGAAACAAAAGCAAGUAUUUCUGUUAAAGUGCCAUAGUCGGAAGAUCUGCUUAAAGAUUUUUUUGUAUUUUAAAUAAAAUAUUGAGAAGACUUUUGUACUGAUUAAUAACAUCUCAAAACAUGAACUAAACUCAUCAAUCCAUCCUUUUCUAGAUGUCUCUGGCCAGCUGUUGGUUCCUUCUAUGAACCCCUUAGCUCUGGGCAGCAAUGUCACACUGAACCUAGUUCCCCAAAGCCCCAUCAUCAUAGGGACCUGGUCAUAUGAAACUACAGUUGUCGUACUUUUCUAUCCUACUGGCCUUAGUGUGCAUAUCAGUUAUCAAGACAGAGUCUCAUUUAACCGCUCCUCCUCAGAGUUGUCCAUAAGCUCUCUCCAACUCAACGACUCAGGAAUGUAUACGAUCCAGGGAAUGGAGCCAGACCUGCACACAGUGGUGAUAUUGUCUGUCCGGGGUAAGGAAAUUAACUCUGCCUGACUGUUUCUCCUUCUACGAUGGUAGACUCUCACUCACACACUCACUGGCACACACAGUCAUUUGCUAACACACAUGCUCACCUGCACACUCACAUCCAAACAUGCAUGCACAUACAUUCUCUAUCAAUGAUUAAUCUCUGUCACAAUAAUAAAAGGCAAAGUCAUUUUCCUGACAUGGAAAGCUAACACUUAAAUGUGUCAGUGUAUUCUGAACCUAUAGUGAAGUUGGCCUUCAUAAUACCUUUGAAAAUAAUGAACCUGAACAGAUCACAGAGUAUGAGCAAAUUUUUAUUUUCAAUUUCAGAUAAGACGUACACAAUACCUUUUAUGUGUGUGCAAAGAGACUAAGGGCUCUACAGCGCUCAAUCCUGUAACUUGGUCUCUAUGAAAAGUAAAUAAAAUAAAAUAGCAUAUUUAGAGUAAUUUCCAAAACAAGUUUUACAGUGUGAAACAAAACAUGGUUGGUUGUAAUUCAGUAACAUCACACAAAAACACUUUCUUGAGACACAUCCAUCUUAUCUUGACUGCCAUCUACUCUCUCACCCACAGAGCCCAUUUCAAACGUGACUCUAAGGGCCAACGCCACUGAUCUAGUGGAAUUGAACGAUACUGCCAUUUUCACCUGCUCCGUUUCCUCUGGCACCUCCCUCUCUUACCGCUGGCUGAAUGGCAGCUCAGAGGUCACAGCCAGUGACAGAGUUCGGCUUGGUGGUGGGAACAGCUCUCUCACCAUAGUCAGUGUGACACGAUACGAUGAAGGGCCUUUUAGAUGUGAGGUCAAUAACGGAAUCAGCAAUGGCACCAGCCAGCCCAUUGGCCUCAACGUUAGAUGUGAGUAUCAGAGUCUGCAGUACAUAUGAAUCAUACACAACAGACAUGGAUUCUACCUUGUCAUUGAGAGCCAGCAUGCCAUUCAAUGAUGCAAUAUGCCUAUUUUCAUCCCAAACCAUUCCUCUGUGUUCACAUGAUCCAGGUCAUUAUUUGCAUGGAUCAUUAGUACACUGUGUUUAGUAGAGCAGGACAAAAACAUAUUCUAGGUAAUGUUUACCCAACACAUCAUUGUUAUUGGUUCCUCCCAUAGACGGCCCAAGUAACCUCACCAUGAUGGUACUUCCUGAGAUGACCAUAGGACAUACAGCCUACAAAUCGGGCUCUGACAUCACUCUGUCCUGCUCCGCUCAGUCCAAACCCGCUGUGUCCUACAAGUGGAGGUUUAAUGGGGCGUUCCUAAACGAGCAAAGCCCACAGCUCAGCCUGCAGAACACCAGGGAGAACCAGACAGGAAGUUACUCCUGCUUAGCCCACAACAAUGUCACACUCCGAUUCGCCACCCUGACCACAAUGAUAAAGAUCAUGGGUGAGGCAACAUUCAUUGUUACGAAAUGUCAUAUAGUUGGUAGUGAAUAUUUGAUUAUUGAUGGUUAUGAAUACAAUGUUAUAUAAUUAGGCAAUAAGUCCCGAGGAGGUGUGGUAUAUGUCCAAUAUACCACGGCUAAGGGCUGUUCUUAUGCACAACGCAACGCAGAGUGGCGCAGUGGUCUAAGGCACUGCAUCACAGUGUUAGCUGUGCCACUAGAGAUCCUGGUUCGAGUCCAGGCUCUGUUGCAGCUGGCCACGACCGGGAGACCCAUGGGCGGCGCACAAUUGGUCCAAGGUAGGGGAGGGUUUGGCCGGCAGGAAUGUGGGUUUGUUUCCCACAGGGGGCCAGUAUGAAAAAAAACACGUAAGCAUUCACUAACUGUAAGUCGCUCUGGAUAAGAGCAUCUGCUAAAUGACGUAAAUGUAUAUUGGCCGUAUACCACAAACCCCUGAGGUGCCUUAUUGCUAUUAUAAACAGUUUACCAAAGUUAUUAGAGUAGUAAAAAGCAAUGUUUUGUCAUACACGUGGUAAACCACGGCUUUCAGCAAAUUCAGGGCUCAAACCACCCAGUUUACAAUGGUCUUUUUACCACCGAUCGAGUGAAGUACAACACGACAAAUGACUCAUCCUCUUCUUUUACCCUAGAGCCGAUAUCAGCAGUUGCAUUGAACAGUGAUGGGAAGCCACCGAUACUAGGUCAGUCGCUCACUCUGCGGUGUGAGGUGACUGGACCUGUAGACUACAUUCACUGGCUGAUGAACAGCCAGAUCAUCUCCCUAAACAACAUAACAUUCUUCUCUACGGACAACAAGACAAUGGUUAUCAACCCAAUCCAGUUUUCUGACAGUGGAGAAUAUCUCUGUGAGGCCUUUAAUGCUGCCAGCAACCUGACCAGCAUGACAUACAAGCUUGUGGUGAACUGUGAGUACUACAAGAGCUAGUAAUCUUUGUCUGAUAAAACCAAUUCAGUGGCCUUGUAGUUAGAGUGUCUGCCCUGAGAUUAGAAGGUUGGGAGUUUGAUCCCUGGACGAGACAUACCAACGACUGUAAGAAUGGGAUCCAAUGUGUCUUUGCUUGGCGCUCAUAAUUAAGGAGAUAGAUUGGCGUUAAGGGCCUGUGAUAGACUAGCGUCCUGUCCAGGGGAUGUACAUAUAUACAUCAAGCUGCAACACGCUACAGAAACAGGAGAUAGGCUCCUGCUCCUAUGAGGGGUAUCGACCAGAGGCUAAUUACUUACUAAUCUUUGUCAAAAUAGUCAAACCAUAAGAUUAACCAUACUGUCUUGUGUUUAACAGUUGGACCAGAGAGACCUGCUGUAACUAGUCCGGAUAUCGCGAUGACAGGACACAGCGUGACCUUCAACUGCUCGGCCUCCUCUCAGCCUCUCAGCCAGUUCAGCUGGUUCUUCAAUGGCUCCCAGGUGGCGACUGACUCAGUGUAUGAGACUGGCCCACUGACCUUAGCCAGUUAUGGGGAGUACACCUGUGUGGCCUUCAACAACAUUACUGGCAGAAACAGCACUGUCUCCAAGAUGCUCACCGUCAUUGGUAAGACAGAAGAGACAUCCAAACUGUUUAACUUGUACAUGUAGAUAUAGGCCAUUCAACAUACAGUGAUUGUGAUGUAGUCAAUAUUAUUGUGACCUGACGUUUUCUUCACAGACCCAGUAACCAUGGCCACGGUGAAAGUCAUCGGUGCCCAGCCAAUAGCAGACUACAUGUUUACUCUGACCUGUGAGACCGCUGGAAGCAUUUACUCCAUUCACUGGAUGAGGAACGGCUGGCCUCUGUAUGCUGACAACAGAACAGACUUCUCUAUGAACAACAAUACACUGACAUUCAACUCUGUCCAGCAUUCUGACAACGGAGACUAUCAGUGUUCUGCCUACAACCCCCUGAGCAACAUGACCAGCCCAGAAUACAGACUGACCGUCAACUGUGAGUAGUUAUUAUCAAGUUCAACUUUGAACCAAUGGCCUGAGGUGGAAUCUUUGAGAACUUUCUUUAUAAAUAUUGUAGUAAAGUCAAUGGGAAGGUUUGGAUCCCACCUCUUAUACCAUCUGACAUAUGUUGAUGACCUUUGACCGUCUGGCCAAUGACAGAUGUUGGGUUUAACUCACGUGUCAAACUCAUUCUGCAGAGGGCUGAGUGUCUGCGGGCUUUUCGAUCCUCCCUUGAACUUGAUUGAUGUAUUAAGGUCCCUUAUUAGUAAGGAACUCCCCAAACCUGGUUGUCUUGGUCUUAAUUGAAAGGCUCCUGUAAGUCGCUCUGGAUAAGAGCGUCUGCUAAAUGACUAAAAUGUAAAUGUAAAUGUAAAGGACAAAACAAAAACCAGCAGACACUAGGGCCUCCAUGGAAUGAAUUUGACACCCCUGGUCUAACUGAUUUUCUUUGUAUCAUAGAUGGACCGGAGAUGCCUAUUAUAACAGGACCAGCAUUAGGAGAAACAGGACACAGCGUGACCUUCAACUGCUCGGCCUCCUCUCAGCCUCUCAGCCAGUUCAGCUGGUUCUUCAAUGGUUCCCAGGUGGCAACUGGCUCAGUGUAUGAGACUGGCCCACUGACCUUAGCCAGUUAUGGGGAGUACACCUGUGUGGCCUUCAACAACAUUACUGGCAGAAACAGCACUGUCUCCAAGAUGCUCACCGUCAUUGGUAAGACAGAAGAAACAUCCAAACUGUUUAACUUGUACAUGUACAGUGAGGGAAAAAAGUAUUUGAUCCCCUGCUGAUUUUGUACGUUUGCCCACUGACAAAGAAAUGAUCAGUUUAUAAUUUUAAUGUUAGGUUUAUUUGAACAGUGAGAGACAGAAUAACAACAAAAAAAUCCAGAAUAACGCAUGUCAAAAAUGUUAUAAAUUGAUUUGCAUUUUCAUGAGGGAAAUAAGUAUUUGACCCCCUCUCAAUCAGAAAGAUUUCUGGCUCCCAGGUGUCUUUUAUACAGGUAACGAGCUGAGAUUAGGAGCACACUUUUAAAGGGAGUGCUCCUAAUCUCAGUUUGUUACCUGUAUAAACCAUGGCCAAGACCAAAGAGCUCCCCAAGGAUGUCAGGGACAAGACUGUAGACCUACACAAGGCUGGAAUGGGCUACAAGACCAUCGCCAAGCAGCUUGGUGAGAAGCUGACAACAGUUGGUGCGAUUAUUCGCAAAUGGAAGAAACACAAAAUAACUGUCAAUCUCCCUCGGCCUGGGGCUCCAUGCAUGAUCUCACCUCGUGGAGUUGCAAUGAUCAUGAGAACGGUGAAGAAUCAGCCCAGAACUACACGGGAGGAUCUUGUCAAUGAUCUCAAGGCAGCUGGGACCAUAGUCACCAAGAAAACAAUUGGUAACACACUACGCCGUGAAGGACUGAAAUCCUGCAGCGCCCGCAAGGUCCACCUGCUCAAGAAAGCACAUAUACAGGCCAGUCUGAAGUUUGCCAAUGACCAUCUGAAUGAUUCAGAGGAAAACUGGGUGAAAGUGUUGUGGUCAGAUGAGACCAAAAUGGAGCUCUUUGGCAUCAACUCAACUCGCCAUGUUUGGAGGAGGAGGAAUGCUGCCUAUGACCCCAAGAACACCAUCCCCACCCUCAAACAUGGAGGUGGAAACAUUAUGCUUUGGGGGUGUCUUUCUGCUAAGGGGACAGGACAACUUCACUGCAUCAAAGGGACGAUGGACGGCGCCAUGUACCGUCAAAUCUUGGGUGAGAACCUCCUUCCCUCAGCCAGGGCAUUGAAAAUGGGUCUUGGAUGGGUAUUCCAGCAUGACAAUGACCCAAAACACACGGCCAAGGCAACAAAGGAGUGGCUCAAGAAGAAGCACAUUAAGGUCCUGGAGUGGCCUAGCCAGUCUCCAGACCUUAAUCCCAUAGAAAAUCUGUGGCGGGAGCUGAAGGUUCGAGUUGCCAAACGUAAGCCUCGAAACCUUAAUGACUUGGAGAAGAUCUGCAAAGAGGAGUGGGACAAAAUCCCUCCUGAGAUGUGUGCAAACCUGGUGGCCAACUACGAGAAACGUCUGACCUCUGUGAUUGCCAACAAGGGUUUUGCCACCAAGUACUAAGUCAUGUUUUGCAGAGGGGUCAAAUACUUAUUUCCCUCAUUAAAAUGCAAAUCAAUUUAUAACAUUUUUGACUUGCGUUUUUCUGGAUUUUUAUGUUGUUAUUCUGUCUCUCACUGUUCAAAUAAACCUACCAUUAAAAUUGUAGACUGAUCAUGUCUUUGUCAGUGGGCAAACGUACAAAAUCAGCAGGGGAUCAAAUACUUUUUUCACUCACUGUAGAUAUAGGCCAUUCAACAUACAGUGAUUGUGAUUGUAGUCAAUAUUCUUGUGACACUGACGUUUUCUGACAGACCCAGUAACCAUGGCCACGGUGAAAGUCAUCGGUGCCCAGCCAAUAGCAGACUACAUGUUUACUCUGACCUGUGAGACCGCUGGAACCAUUUACUCCAUUCACUGGAUGAGGAACGGCUGGCCUCUGUAUGCUGACAACAGAACAGACUUCUCUAUGAACAACAAUACACUGACAUUCAACUCUGUCCAGCAUUCUGACAAAGGAGACUAUCAGUGUUCUGCCUACAACCCCCUGAGCAACAUGACCAGCCCAGAAUACAGACUGACCGUCAACUGUGAGUAGUUAUUAUGGCCCAAAUCCAAACUUGAUAUCUGCAAAUGUAAUUCUAAUUUGACCUAUAAUGAGGGCAAGAUGGAAUUUACAGUAAUGGAGUUGGGGUAAGUUUGGAUCUGACUUCUGACACCAAUGUAUGAAAAGCCAAGGGGAUGGUUGGGUAUUGCUGGGGUCAAACCAAGGCAAGCACAAUAAUGGCAUUUCCAAUAGCUAAUCUCAUUCAAUAUCUUCAUUAUCUUGUGUUUCCCAGAUGGUCCAGAGAGACCUGUUAUCAUGAAUCCAGAUAUAGCGAUGACAGGACACAGCGUGACCUUCAACUGCUCGGCCUCCUCUCAGCCUCUCAGCCAGUUCAGCUGGUUCUUCAAUGGUUCCCAGGUGGCAACUGGCUCAGUGUAUGAGACUGGCCCACUGACCUUAGCCAGUUAUGGGGAGUACACCUGUGUGGCCUUCAACAACAUCACUGGCAGAAACAGCACUGUCUCCAAGAUGCUCACUGUUGUUGGUGAGUCAGUAACUGCUACUUAAAAUCAAGGGACUAAAAUUUGCUUUACUUUGUUUGUGUUCAGUUUUUUAUACACAACAUAUGUGCUGUUGAACCUACAGUAUAAUAAAAUGGAAGUUCAGAUAAAAACUGCUGGAAACCCCUUUGAUCUGUUUUCCACAGCACCUGUGACCAUGAGCGUGGUGAAAUUCAUUGGAGCCAAGCCAAUACUGAACGAGAGAUUCUCUUUGACCUGUGAGACCGCUGGAACCAUUUACUCCAUUCACUGGAUGAGGAACGGCUGGCCUCUUUAUGCUGACAACAGAACAGACUUCUCUAUGAACAACAAUACACUGACAUUCAACUCUGUCCAGCAUUCUGACAACGGAGACUAUCAUUGUUCUGCCUCCAACCCACUCAGCAACAUGACCAGCCCAGACUACAGAUUGACCGUCAACUGUGAGUAGUUAUUAUCAAGUUCAACUUUGACCCAAUGGCCUGAGGUCGAAUUUUUGAGAACUUCCUAUAUACAUUUUGUAGUAAAGUCAAUGGGAAGGUUUGGAUCCAACCUCUUAUACCAUCUGACAUAUGUUGGUCCUCUGUAGCUCAAUUGGUAGAGCACGGCACUUGUAAUGCCAGGGUAGUGGGUUCGAUCCCCAGGACCACCCAUACGUAAAAAUGUAUGCACACGUGACUGUAAGUCGCUUUGGAUAAAAGCGUCUGCUAAAUGGCAUAUUAUUAUUAUUAUCUUUGACCAUCUGGCCAACGACAGAUGUGGGGUUUAACUCACGUGUCAAACUCAUUCCGCAGAGGGCCGAGUGUCAGCGGGUUUUUCGAUCUUCCCUUGAACUUGAUUGAUGUAUUAAGGUCCCUUAUUAGUAAGGAACUCCCCAAACCUGGUUGUCUUGGUCUUAAUUGAAAGGACAAAACAAAAACCAGCAGACACUAGGGCCUCCAUGGAAUGAAUUUGACACCCCUGGUCUAACUGAUUGUCUUUUGUAUCAUAGAUGGACCGGAGAUGCCUAUUAUAACAGGACCAGCAUUAGGAGAAACAGGACACAGCGUGACCUUCAACUGCUCGGCCUCCUCUCACCCUCUCAGCCAGUUCAGCUGGUUCUUCAAUGGCUCCCAGGUGGCGACUGGCUCAGUGUAUGAGACUGGCCCACUGACCUUAGCCAGUCAUGGGGCGUACACCUGUGUGGCCUUCAACAAUAUCACUGGCAGAAACAACACUGUCUCCAAGAUGCUCACCGUCAUUGGUAAGUCAGACUACAGAUUAUUUGCUUUGUUGUGUUAAUUUACGAUCUGAUAAGAAGACUAAUAUCUCAAUAUACACUGAGUAUACUAAAUAUUAGGAACACCUUCCUAAUAUUGAGUUUCCCUCAGAACAGACUCAAUUCGUCGGGGCUUGGACUCUACAAGGUUUCGAAAGCAUUCCACGGGGAUGCUGGCCCAUGUUGACUCCAGUGCUUCCAAUAAAAAGCAUGAGCUGGUGCACACCCAGAGAAAAUUAUUAUGUGUAGAGGUGCUGACUAACAGCAAAUAAACUGUAAGCUGUAAAAAUAAAUAAAGAGUCGCACACUCUAUAGUAAUUUAUUGGGUAAACCACCAAAGUUUCGGCAUCAUUGUGCCUCCUGAAGAAGGCACAGUGAUGCCGAAACGUUGGGGGUUUACCCAACAAAUUACUGGAAGUUUAUAUAUAGAGAGUGUGAGACUCUCUUUAUUUAUUUUUAUGACUCCAAUGCUUCCCACAGUUGUGUAAAGUUGGCUGAAUGUCCUUUGGGUGGUGGACCAUUCUUGAUACACACGGGAAACUGUUGAGGGUGGAAAAACCCAGCAGCGUUGCAGUUCUUGACACAAACCAGUGCGCUUGGCAACUACUAUCAUACCCCAUUCAAAGGCACUUCAAUCUUUUGUCUUUGCCAUUCACCCUCUAAAUAGCACACAUACAUAAUCCAUGUCUCAAUGACCAGCCCAGAAUACAGAUUGAUCCUCAACUGUGAGUAGUUAUUAUGGUCCAAAACCAAACUUGAUAUCUGCAAAUGUAAUUCUAAUUUUGACCUAUGAGGGCAAGAUGGAAUUUAUAGUAAUGGAGUUGGGGUAAGUUUGGAUCUGACUUCUGACACCAAUGUAUGAAAAGCCAAGGGGAUGGAUGGGUAUUGCUGGGGUCAAAACUUUUGUCAUUGCCAUUCACCAUCUAAAUAGCACACAUUCAUCAUCCAUGUCUCAAGGUGUAAAAAUCCUUCUUUAACCUGUCUCCUCCCCUUCAUCUACACUAAUUGAAGUGGAUCUAACAAGUGACAUCAAUAACGGAUCAUAGCUUUCUCCUGGAUUCACUUGGUCAGUAAUGACGGGCCUUGUAGCUCAUGGAAAGAGCAGGUGGUCUUAAUGUUUUGUAACUCAGUGUACAAUAAACAUAUUUAUCAUACAAAAGAGCCAAAACUCAGUCACAUUUCAAAUGUUUACUCAGUGAAGAUGUACAGCUGAAUACAGAUACUGAACAAAAAUAUAAACCCAACAUGUAAAGUGUUGGUCCCAUGUUUCAUGAGCUGAAAUAAAAGAUCCCAGCAAUUGUCCUUAUGCACAAAAAGUGUAUUUCUCUCAAAUUCUGUGCACAAAUUUGUUUACAUCACUGUUAGUGAGCAUUUCUUCUUUGCCAAGAUAAUCCAUCCACCUGACAGGUGUGGCAUAUCAAGAAGCUGAUGAAACAGCAUGAUCAUUACAAAGGUGCACCUUGUGCUGGGAACAAUAAAAGGCCACUCUAAAACGUGCAGUUUUGUCACACAACACAAUGCCACAGAUCUCUCAAGUUUUGAGGGAGCGUGCAAUUGACAUGCUGACUGCAGGAAUGUCCACCAGAGCUGUUGCCAGAGAAUUGAAUGUUCAUUUCUCUACUAUAAGCCCCCUCCAACAUCAUUUUAGAGAAUUUGGCAAUACGUCCAAAUGGCCUCACAACCGCAGACCACGUGUAACCACGCCAGCCCAGGACCUCCACAUCUGGCUUCUUCACCUGCAGGAUUGUCUGAGACCAGCCACCUGGACAGCUAAUGAAACGGAGGAGUAUUUCUGUCUGUAAUAAAGCCCUUGUGUGGGGAAAAGCUCAUUCUGAUUGGCUGGGCUUGGCUCCCCAGUGGGGAGCUUAUCCAUAGAUAAGGCCCUAAUGAAUUUACUUCAAUUGACUGAUUUCCUUACAUGAACUGUAACCCAGUACAAUUGUUGAAAUUCUUGCAUGUUGCAUUUAUAAUUUUGUUCAGUAUUGUUAUGAUGAGUUUCUCGGGUAUGAAAGAAUCAAGGAUGCAAGGAUAUACUUAGACACUUUGUAGAUAGUUAAUGCAAAUAUUUAAUGAUUGGUACCGGGUUCGUUACAACAAUGACCAGAGCUUUGCCCUUGGUGUUACGAACUCACUUGAACAAAGGAAACACUUUACCUUAUAUACCUUCUAUUACCCUCUUCCUGGCAUACAUCUGGUAAGUCUCCAUGGGCACUCCCUGUCUUUGAUGUUCAUCACUCUUUACCCCAAGUCACUAUCCUGCCCAUCACUCAAGCUAUCCUAAACAUCACUAAUCUACCUUGACAUAAGGAAUGUAGAAUUCAUGACCCCAAACCACUUAUCUCGUAACUCUACCCUCACAAUACUAUGACAUGACAUCAUUACAAGUAUACAUUCAAUACAGUGCAGUGUCCACUUAUACCCUUAGCUCUCACCCCCUCCUUCCACAAAGAUGUACUUUUCCAUCACCCAGGAUUUAUAUGUGCUCCUCCAUGCCUAUCACAGGACUUCUCAUCAGUCAGGAGAGGCCUUGGGAGUAUACAUUCCUACAGCACACUGCAGUCCACUAAAUAAUUAAACUCUUCUCAUACACAGAGUUUGAACCUAACACUACCUUCAACCUAUAAACACAUAAAAACAAUCUACAGUGCCUUGCAAAAGUAUUCAUCCCCCUUGGCGUUUUUCCUAUUUUGUUGCAUUACAACCUGUAAUUUAAAUUGAUUUUUAUUUGGAUUUCAUGUGAUGGACAUACACAAAAUAGUCCAAAUUGGUGAAGUGAAAUGAAAAAAAUAAAGUGUAAAUUUUUUUUCUAAAGAAUACAGAAUGGAAAAGUGGUGCGUGCAUAUGUAUUCACCCCCUUUGCUAUGAAGUCCCUAAAUAAGAUCUGGUGCAACCAAUUACCUUCAGAAGUCACAUAAUUAGUUAAAUAAAGUCCACCUGUGUGCAAUCUAAGUGUCACAUGAUCUGUUACAUGAUCUCAGUAUAUAUACACCUGUUCUGAAAGGCCCCAGAGUCUGCAACACCACUAAUCAAGGGGCACCACCAAGCAAGCGGCACCAUGAAGACCAAGGAGCUCUCCAAACAGGUCAGGGACAAAGUUGUGGAGAAGUACAGAUCAGGGUUGGGUUAUAAAAAAAAUAUCUGAAACUUUGAACAUCCCACGGAGUACCAUUAAAUCCAUUAUUAAAAAAUUGAAAGAAUAUGGCACCACAACAAACCUGCCAAGAGUGGGCCGCCCACCAAAACUGACGGACCAGGCAAGGAGGGCAUUAAUCUGUGAGGCAACAAAGAGACCAAAGAUAACCCUGAAGAGCUGCAAAGCUCCACAGCGAAGAUUGGAGUAUCUGUCCAUAUGACCACUUUAAGCCGUACACUCCACAGAGCUGGGCUUUACGAAAGAGUGGCCAGAAAAAAGCCAUUGCUUAAAGAAAACAAUAAGAAAACACGUUUGGUGUUCACCAAAAGGCAUGUGGGAGACUCCCCAAACAUAUGGAAGAAGGUACUCUGGUAAAAUUGAGCUUUUUUGGCAUCAAGGAAACUCUAUGUCUGGCGCAAACCCAACACCUCUCAUCACCCCGAGAACACCAUCAGUGAAGCAUGGUUGUGGCAGCAUCAUGCUGUGGGGAUGCUGUGAAUAGUUAUGCACGCUCAAGUUCUCAGUUUUUUUGUCUUAUUUCUUGUUUGUUUCACAAAAAAAGUAUUUUGCAUCUUCAAAGUGGUAGACAUGUUGUGUAAAUCAAAUGAUACAAACCCCCAAAAAAUCUAUUUUACUUCCAGAUUGUAAGGCAAUAAAAUAGGAAAAAUACCAAGGGAGGUGAAUACUUUUGGAAGCCACUGUAUUCAUACCGAGAGUAUAUAAUGAUAAUAAAAAUAAAAUAUAUAAACCAGAAAUAUAAAACAGUAUUUUACAAUCAAUCAGAUCGUACAACCAUUUGUUUUAUAUAUAUAUAUAUAUAUAUAUAUAUAUAUAUAUUAUAUAUAUACAGUACCAGUCAAAAGUUUGGGCACACCUACUCAUUCAAGGGUUUUUCUUUAUUUAUACUAUUUUCUACAUUGUAUAGUAGAAUAAUAGUGAAGACAUCAAAACUAUGAAAUAACACAUAUGUAGUGUAUAUGUUUUAUACAUCCAACUAUUGCAUCGCUGGAACUAACCAUUUUAUCAAAUGACAAAUAUUGAUACUGUACAUAAAGCAAUACACAUCCUCUCUCCUCACAGAGGCUAUAAAGUCAGUGAUGGUGAAACGAAGCAAAAUACCGAUAGCAUCUGACAACCUAACCCUGACCUGUGAUGUCACCGGGCGCUAUGACAUCAUCUACUGGAUGAAGGACAACCUGCCUCUGGUCCUGAACAACACCUUGAACUCUGACAUCACCAUCUCCAACAACUCUCUGCACUUCAGUCCAGUCAAGGUGUCUAACGAUGGACACUAUCAGUGCGUCGCCACCAACCUCCUUCGUCCACACACCAGCCCUAAAUACCAGCUAUUGGUGAACUGUAAGUACUGGCAUUUUAAUCUGUUGGUAAAAUAUUUUAAAAUAUAAAAAUGUUAUGUUAUUUAAUGUAGAAACAGUCAGAAACCCACCACUAUUAUAUUAUGACGGUUAGUGCUAUCUGUGAUCCUUGGGACUUCCCUACCCUAAACCCUAACCUUAACCAUAAGUCUUACCUAACCCUAACCUUAACCCUUACCUUAACCAUUUUACAUUUCAACUUCAAUGGGGGGACGUCAGUGUUGGACGUCCCAAGGAUUCCAUUUAGACUUUUCCCUAUUAUGACCCACCCUCUCUGAACCUCUCUCUGUAGAUGGCCCUCUGAGUGUGAACAUCUCUGGCCCAGGCUUAGUGGUAAUUGGCUCAGUAAUCACUGUCAAUCUGAAGUGCUCAGCCGACUCCCGGCCAACCAGCGAGUACCGGUGGAAAUACAACAACCAAUCAUUGCCGGCAACUGGUCCUUUGAUGGCCGUAGGUGUCUCCUUGAAAAAUGCAGGGAUAUACACCUGUGUGGCCAAGAACCCUCUGACUAACAUCUCAAUGUCCAAGACCAUUAGUCUGGAUAUCACUGGUAAGUGGGUGGAUUGUUGUACUAAGACCGAGGUGGAAAGUACUGAGUAAUUAAAUGUGACAAAGUUGUUUUUAAUAUGUUGAAUUUAAUUUGGUUCUAGUUUGCGUACUUGUUUGUGCAAGGAUCAUUUUCAUGCAUCAGGGAAAUGCAAUAAAGACAUUUUCUGAACUGGGGAGUACAGACAGGAAUCAAGAAGAUAUAUACACUGUAUAUAUAUUUUUGAACAUCCUCACUCACUCAUUAUAUUUCUCCUCCCCUGCCUCCCCUCCUCUCCCAUUCUCCUUUCUCUCCCAGGCCACUCUCCUGCCCCUCCAUUCCAGUCCAGAGUUGGUCUGAUGCUGAUGGCCCUGCUAGCUCUCUCUCUCUGCCUCUGA